UUAAAACACGGGUCAAAUAUAGAUAAGAAUCUAAUGGGUUUAACUUUUAUAUUUGUAAAGCCUCAAAUUGGAGGAUCCUGAAGUUUAGGAGAUUAGGAAUUCUCCCAAAAGUGAUUAUAUUCAAGAAGUCAUGGAUAAUAUGGAUAUCCAUAUUAUAUGUUGGUUAACCCGUUUUUUAUCUGUAUUUAAUAUGCGGGGGUCGGAUAACUUAUCCGUUUUGUAUUACCCGUUCUCGACCCGCCCAUAUCCAACCUGACCUGCCCGUUUUCCACCCCUAUACUGGUCAAAGCAUCACCGUCCUAGUGGUCAAUGGGAGGUAAACCAUGAUGUCUCAGAUUCUAAUCCAAGUGGAGGCAAAAAAUAUUAGGUCAUUUCUUCUCAUUUGUCCAAGCCUUGGUGGACGGAGUUAAUCAAUACCGAUGUUAAUGGAGGUAGCAGGUACCCAAUGGAAUAGUCGAGAUGUCUGUGUUAGCGGAAACAAGUCCCUCAAAGAUGUUUGGGGAGGGAUUACAUCAGAGCGUCGGCAAUGAGUAUCCUAGAUCUCCAUCCACAUUUAAGCGCCUAAAAGUUGAUACAACCCGUAAGUUUCCUGAAAAUUGUGGUCUGUUUGUUGGUCAAACGAAAGGAAGCAGAAUUCAGUGCUACACUGAUGCAGAGAUCUACCCGGAAUUUCCAUCCACUUCUAAGAGUGUAAAAGUUGAGGACACAUGGAAUUAUACUGAAAUUUCUGGCAUGCGUAUUCCUCAAACGAAUGGACAUGGUACUCAAUGCCCUGCUGAUGCUGAGAUCAAAAGUAGUUCUGGAGUUGCUAUGAAUGUGAUUGAGUCAGCCAAGCCUUUAAGAGUUUUUGUGCCAAAUACUUUGAAUGACAAGCCUGCAAACGAAGUUAGAGAGUCCCUGAAUGUGAUUGAGUCAGCCAAGCCUUUAAGAGUUUUUGUGCCAAAUAUUUUGAAUGGCAAGCCUGCAAACGAAGUUAGAGAGGCCCUGAAACUUUUUGAUGACCUAUACUCUAAACUUUUGCGAGAAGAUAAAGCAGAGAAACGUGAAGGACAGCCUAAAAGAAAUAUCAUUAUAGAGGCAGCAGUGAGUUUGAAGAAACAGAAUAAGUGGGUGAAUUGUGAGUGGACCUUUGGACAUGUUCCCGGAGUUGAAAUUGGGGAUCAAUUCCGGUUUAGGGCAGAACUUGUUGUGAUAGGACUACAUCGCCACUAUAUUAAGGGUAUCGAUUAUGUGAAUAUUAACGGAAAAGAUGUUGCAACUGCUGUUGUUGAUUCUGGUCGGUACGAUAAUGAGGCCAUAUCUUCUCAAACAUUCAUUUAUGUAGGUCAAGGUGGAAAUCCAAAAGUUUCUGCUUCGAAAGUAGAAGAUCAAAAGCUUGAAGGGGGUAAUCUUGCCUUGAAGAACUCCAUGGACUUGGGAUAUCCGGUGAGGGUUAUUGGUAGUCGACAAAGAGUAAAGGAUCAAAAGAGUGAUAUAAGAUACAUUUACGAAGGGCUUUACACUGUGACAAAGUGUUCGCAAGAAAGAGGUCCAACUGGAAAAUUUAUUUUCAAGUUUGAACUGAAAAGAAAUUCUGCCCAAUCAAAACUUGUGAACUAGUGUCACAGCCAGCAAAUUUAGGCAAGGUAAAUCACUUACGUCAAAAUGUUAAUAAGGCAACAAAAUCAGUUAUGCAGUUUGUGCAGCGGGAGAUUGUUGUGGACUAUGAUAUCUCGCAAGGAAAGGAGAAGAUACCGAUCCCUGCUGUCAAUGCAAUCGAUGAUGAGAGACCCCCACCAUUCACUUACAUUACCAAAAUGCAGUAUCCAGAUUGGUAUUACAUCUCUAUGCCUCAAGGUUGCAGUUGCACAAGUGGAUGCUCGGAUUCUGAGCAAUGCUCUUGUGCUUCUAGGAACGGAGGUGAGAUUCAAUUCAACACAAGAGGCUCUAUUAUUAGAGCAAAGCAUCUUGUUUACGAGUGUGGUCCAUCUUGCAAAUGCCCUCCUUCUUGCAAAAAUAGAGUUAGCCAACAUGGUCCACGGUACCACUUGGAGGUUUUCAAGACCGAAUCAAGAGGAUGGGGCUUGAGGUCGAGGGACUAUGUAUCAUCUGGAAGUUUUAUUUGUGAAUAUGUUGGGGAGUUACUUGAUGAAAAAGAAGCCGAAAAAAGAAUAGAUCAUGAUGAGUACUUGUUUGAUGUUGGCAACUAUGAUGAAGAAACCCCCAAAAGGAAUAAAAAGUUCGAAGUUGAGUCAAAUUCUUUUCAGAGGAAGGAUGAAGAUGGCUUUACCCUUGAUGCAGCAAGAUAUGGGAACGUUGGAAGAUUUAUCAACCAUAGCUGCUCACCAAACCUUUAUGCUCAAAAUGUCAUGUAUGACCACGGUGAUAGGAGAGUACCUCACAUAAUGUUUUUCGCUUCCAAGAGUAUUGCUCCAAUAGAGGAGCUUACUUAUGACUAUAACUACCAGAUUGAUCAGGUUUAUGAUGCAAAUGGCAAUCUGAAGAAAAAGAAUUGUAAAUGUGGUUCUCGUAAGUGCUCGGGUAGAAUGUAUUAAAGAGGCGUAACCAAUCUCAAGUUCAAAUAAAGGAGAAGGAUUGCGGAAGGUUGAAGGCAGCGUAGAAGUAGUUGAACUAAGGUGAAUCAUCUUAUUUCUUGUAGGUUAAGUGCGAGAUAUAGAGAAAAUUUUUGGUGGCUAACAGUAAAUUCAUAUAGCUAUAGCUGAUCUCAAAUUUGUUUGGGGUUGAGGCACAAUUAUUCUAUUUUUAUUAAUGAAUGUCCUGGUCAAGAAAUACUGGCACUCAGAGACGGAGCCAGA